AUGCCUUCUACCCAGGUCUUCGUCUGCGGCGCCACCGGCACCCAAGGCGGUGUCACCGCCCGACACCUCAUCGCCGGCGGUGCCAAGGUCCACGCCCUGACCCGCGACGCUUCCUCCGCCAAAUCCCAAGCCCUCGAGGCCCUGGGCGUCAAGCUCUUCCCGGGAGACUACGAAAACGCAGAGGCCCUCGCCGCCGCCUUGGCCGGCUGCGACGGCAUCUACCUCAACUUCCUCCCCAGCUUCAAGGACCUCGCGCAGGAGGCGCGCCAUGCCUCCCUCGUCGUGGCCGCUGCCCGCGCCGCCGGGGUACGCCACGCCGCCUACGCCUCCUUCAUGAGCCACGAUGAGCUCCCCAAGACGGAGGUCUUUGCGGAUAUCCCGCUCGCCCGUCCCUUCUUCGAGUCCAAGGAAACCGUGUUCCGCAGCAUGGUGGACGCGGGCUUCGACACCUGGACUAGACUCCAGCCCGGCAAAUUCAUGGGCGACUUCAUCAACCCCGGCGUGCCCAUGUUCCCGGAUCUCGCCGGCUCAGGCGUGUGGAGGUCCGCCAUCCGCGCCGAGGACGAGAUCCGCCUCGUCGACCCGGAUGACAUUGGCAUCACCAGCGCCGCGGCGCUUCUCCAUCCCGAAGAGUCCAACGGUCAACAGGUGGACAUCUUUUCGGAUAUCCUCACCCCUCGCAGCUCACAGGACAAGGAGCCGUUCCUCGCCGCUCAGCUCUUGACCAGGUACUCUGGCGUCGACAUCCCGAUCGAGACUGCUAAGAAAUGGGGAAGCAAGUGCCAGUCUUUCGAGGCCUUCUUGGCUAAGAACAAGGAUCUGGUCGAUUCCACCUUUGCCGGCCUCCCUCCUGCUUAA